AUGGUAUACAGGGUCGUGUUUGCGCUGUUCAUCAUCUCCAAGGCCGGCGGUCUCAUAUACAACCGUGAAUUCCACGCAGGCCUCAGCAAGCUCGAAGCCAACGACUAUCUCAUCGUCGCCGGAACGUUCCACGGUAUUCAUGCCAUCACGAAGCAGCUGUGUCCCGCUGCCGCAGCACCCACUCCUCCUGCGAUCACCACGCCCUCUCUAGCACCCUCACCCUUCCCCUCGCGCCCAAGCGGCCUAGAAGUCCUCGAAACCCAGAACUUCCGCAUGCAGUGCUUCCAGACGCAGACCGGCGUCAAGUUCCUGCUCUUCACCGAGCCGCACCAGCCGAACGUGGACACAAUGAUGCGGCGGAUCUACGAGCUGUACGCCGACUACGUGAUGAAGAAUCCGUUCUACACCGUCGAAAUGCCCAUCCGGUGCGAGAAGUUUGACCGCGGACUAGAUGGAUUCGUGAAGGUGAGAAGCUAA